AUGUCUUCCUCCUCUGGCUCCGCCGACGCUGAUCUCCCCUUGAAGCCUAUCCCAGGUGGCUAUGGCCUCCCUUUCAUCGGAGCCGUUUGUGACAGAUUCGACUUUUUCUACCUCCAAGGCAGUGACGACUUCUUCAGAUCACGAAUGCUCAAAUACAAAUCCACCGUCUUCAGAACCAACAUGCCUCCUGGUCCUUUCAUUUCUCCUAACUCUCGUGUCAUCGCUUUACUUGACGCCGCUAGUUUCCCCGUCCUCUUCGACAACUCCAAGGUCGAGAAACGCGACGUCUUCACCGGAACUUUCAAGCCCUCCGCCGGAUUCACCAAUGGCUACCGUGUCUGCAACUACCUCGACCCAUCCGAACCCAAGCACGACCAAAUCAAGAGCUUCCUCCUUGCUCUCAUCGCCUCGCGAAAAGACCAGGUAAUCCCACUGCUCAGAAACUACUUGACAGAGCUGUUUAUUAAGGUUGAAGACGAAGUAUCUGGCCAUGGAAAGGUUUACUUCAACCCCAUCAGCCAAAACGAGCUCUUCAACUUCUUGUUUCACCUAUACUGCGGCAAAGCACCAGUCCAAACCAAACUCAAAUCUGAUGGCUUGAAACUCUUCCAGCUCUGGGUGUUUGCUCAGGUUUUACCUCUUGGAUCUCUGGGGUUGCCGUGGUACCUCUUCCCUCUCAGCGUGCUAGAAGAUUUACUUCUCCAUACUCUGCCGCUUCCCAGCUUCUUGCUGAAAUGGGACCUAAACAAGCUUUACAAUGCCGUCGAAACAUCAGCUACGGAAGCGUUUGAUUUAGCUUCGACUUUCGGCUUAUCCAAAGACGAAGCCUGCAUGAACUUGCUCUUCGUUCUGGGCUUCAACUCUUGCAACGGGAUGAAGAUCGUCAUCCCCACCUUGAUGAAGUGGGUCGGACUGGCCGGAAAGACCCUACACCAGAAAAUCGCCGACGAAGUCCGGAGCGUCGUGAAAGAAGAAGGUGGGGUCACUUUGAAGGCGAUGGAAAAGAUGCCGUUGGUGAAGUCAGUGGUGUGGGAGUCGCUGAGGAUUGAACCUCCGGUGGCGUACCAGUACGCGAAGGCCAAAGAGGACAUUGUUGUCCGAAGUCACGACGCUGCGUUUUUGGUGAAGAAAGGAGAGACGCUGUUAGGGUUUCAGCCAUUUGCAACGAAGGAUGAAAAAGUUUUUAAGGAUGCAGAGAGAUUCGUGGAGGAUAGGUUUAUGGGAGAAGAAGGAGAGAAGCUGUUGAGGUACGUGUACUGGUCGAACGGGCGGGAGACAGAGGAGCCGGCGGCAGCGAACAAGCAAUGUGCCGGGAAGAAUCUGGUGGAGCUGGUUCUAAGGAUAUUUACGGCGGAGUUCUUCUUGAGGUAUGAUAGUUUCACGAUAAAGCUGGGAAAGCCCACCUUGCAAGGUCCCACAGUUACCAUAACUUCCCUGGUCAAAGCGUCAACCCUUUGA